AUGAGCGGCGGGACGACAGAUUUCAAGCUGAGCGCGGUCCUGAGCGGCCACAAGAGCGAUGUUCGUGCAGUUCUCCUCCCUGAUCCCUCCUUCGCCGUAACAGCAUCCCGCGACGGCUCGACCAGAGUCUGGAAACGUACCUCCACCUCUCCGCCAAUCUACGACGAUACAGAAUCAUCUCACGGCGCACAGUUCAAGACCUGUCUUGCCUACAUUCCUCCUUCAAAAGAGUACGAGGAUGGCUUGGUUCUCUCUUCUGGUCAAGAUGCGCUCAUUGAAGCUCGACAGCCAUCGACUACAACAGACAUGAAUGCAGACGCUUUCAUGGUGGGCCACAGCAACCAAGUCUGCUCGAUAGAUGUGUGCGCGCCAGCAAACUACUUCGUGAGUGGCAGUUGGGAUGCUACUGCAAAAGUCUGGGAGAUCGGUAGAUGGGAAGUCGCCUACGACCUGGCGGGUCACACAGCCACGGUGUGGGCGGUGCUCGCGUUCAGUAGGGACAUAAUCGUCACCGGCUGUGCAGACCGUGCUAUCCGAGUCUUUGAUAUCGGGGGCAAGAUGGUGAAUUCUUGGGACGGCCAGGAUAUUGUUCGUGCUCUGGCGAAACUGCCUGAAGGUCAUUAUACUGGGGCUGAGAUUGCUGCCGCAACGAAUGAUGGCAUCAUCCGUCUCUGGACCCUGAAGGGCGAGCUCAUAGCCUCUUUAGUCGGCCAUGAAUCCUUCAUAUACUCCCUGGCUGUUCUUCCUUCAGGCCACAUCGUGAGUGCUGGAGAGGAUCGAUCCGUCCGCGUCUGGGAAGGGCAGAACUGCAUCCAGGUCAUCACGUUACCAGCCAUCUCCAUCUGGUCGGUGUCGGCUUCUCCCAACGGCGACAUCAUUGUCGGUUCAAGCGACAAGAUCGCGCGGAUAUUCACUCGUGAUCCGGACAGAGUGGCCGAUGCGGAGACCCUUGCGGCUUUUGAAGAGUCAGUCCAAGCGUCUAGCAUUCCCCAGCAGACCGUGGGGCAAAUCAAUAUGACAGAUCUCCCCGGGCCUGACUUCCUCAAGCGCAAGGUCGGCACGAAAGAGGGUCAGAAUCAGAUCAUCAAAGAAGACGAUGGGAGUGCUUGCCUGUACCAGUGGUCCAUGUCUCAACAGCAAUGGAUCAAGAUCGGACAGGUUGUGGAUUCUGCCGCGUCGAGUGGGAAGAAAGCGUACAAUGGUAAAGAGUACGACUACGUGUUCGAUAUUGACAUUGAGGACGGCAAACCUCCACUCAAGCUGCCCUUCAAUGUCACACAGAAUCCUUAUGAUGCAGCUACGAAAUUUCUUCAGGACCACGAACUCCCCAUGUCGUAUCUCGAAGAAACGGCAAAUUUCAUCAUCAAGAACACUCAGGGCGCCACACUCGGACAGUCAACGCCCGUGGGGGCUGAUCCUUGGGGUACGGAGAGUCGAUACAGACCCGGUGAUGCACCGACCUCGUCAUAUCAACCACCACCACCACCAUCUGCGCCUGUCAAGCGGACCCUCCCUCAAAAGGAAUACCUUGCUGUCGUGAUCGGAAAGCCAUCGGCAGCCAUGGGCCAAAUUACCAAGAAAAACACCGAAUACGCUGGCAGCGAAAUGAGCCUUCAGCCCGGAGAACUACAAGCACUGACAAACGUCGCCCAACAGCUUGAGCAGUACAACUUCUCAGCUCGUCCGUCAUUACCUAGCUCUCCCUCUCUCAAUUCCUCCAUUCCACCCCUGUUGAAGAUAGUCACGCAAUGGCAGCCGCCUGCCAAUCGACUCGCUGGUCUGGAUCUUCUCCGAUUCAUCGCCGCAGCGGCCAAGGAAUUCCCGAUCGAGGAUGUUGAUGGCUUCGAUGUAGUGGCGGGAAUCCUCGGAAGCGGCAUCUUUGACGACUCGUUUGUGCGCACAAACAACAAAUUGGCCAUGAUCGCCAUGCGCUUCUUUUCAAAUUUGCUGUAUGGAUCACCCGCUGGAAGGGAACUUGUGAAAGACAAUGUCGACAACAUCAUUGAAAGCCUCAAACCCCUCUCAUCGUUCGCCUCUUCGGACGUGUCAGUGGCAAUAGCACUGACAACUCUCUAUGUCAACAUUGCCGUGCUCAUAACCAGCUCCACUACGCCCAGCGACGCCGAUGACAAUGCAAAUCAUGCACUGGACCUAUUGGGAGAGCUCUCCAAACUCCUUUCUUCUUUUCCCACUGUGAACCACUCGGCCACCUCCAGCAACCCAGCUUCACAGUCUACGGAACCGGCAUAUCGCUGCCUCGUAGCACUGGGGACGAUUUUGGUCGGACUUCCACGUGCAGAGGUUAAGUCUGCGGCAAAGGACGUUUUUGAUGUCCCUCUCGCCCUGAGGAAGUUGAAGGAGGGCAUGUAUUUGGACGAACCGAGGUUCAAAAAUGUUGUUGGCGAGAUUGAGAGCGCGUUGAGAUGA